GGUGACUGACAGCGGCUCAGCUGGUACGGAACCGGAGGCAGCGUGCUCCAUGACAGACCAGUCCGAAAAAAUGUUGGGAAUUACGGUCCGGGCUGACGUGGGCUCACUUUUGGCUUUAAUCUGCAUCUCCUGUUGUCCGUUUCUAACCGUGUCCUCGGAUGACAUAGUGGUGGCAUGUGGGGGAUUCGUGAAAUCCGACGUUGAAAUCAACUACUCCCUGAUCGAGAUCAAAUUGUACACAAAACAAGGAUCGCUGAAAUAUCAAACGGACUGUGCCCCGAUUAACGGCUACUUCAUGAUCCCUCUAUAUGACAAGGGAGACUUUGUUUUGAAGAUUGAACCUCCUCUAGGGUGGAGCUUCGAGCCCACAAGUGUUGACCUCCAUGUGGAUGGAGUCAGCGACAUCUGUACAAAAGAAGAGGACAUCAACUUUGUUUUUACUGGUUUUUCAGUUUCUGGAAUGGUUUUGAGUAAAGGACAUUUGCUGGGUCCAUCAGGAGUAGAAGUCAAACUUAGCCGGUCAGGGACAGAGGAGAAAAUCCAGAGUGUUGUUACACAUCCUGGAGGAAAAUAUACAUUCUUCAAAGUACUUCCUGGGAAUUAUGACAUCACAGCUUCCCAUCCCUCCUGGACUUUAGAGCAGAGCACCACGUCAGUGCACGUUUCCAAUACCAAUGCCCCGGCGGUCGAACAUCUGGUGGUCGGAGGCUACGAUGUCUGGGGGGAGGUUCGCAGUGAUGGAGAACCCAUGAAGGAGGUCACCUUCCUACUGUACUCAGCCACAGUCAGGAGAGAGGACAUUAGUGGCUGUAACACCUCACCUGUGGAGGGUGCAGAUUCAGGAGACAGCUCACAGGUCUACCUGUGCAGCGCUCUGUCCAGGGAAGAUGGCACCUUUAUCUUCUCAUCACUGGCCAGCGGAGAGUACACCGUGGUGCCGUUCUAUAGGGGAGAAAGGAUCACUUUUGAUGUUGCUCCUUCUAGGAUGAAUUUUAAGGUGGAACACAACAGCUUGAAACUAGAGCCCAUUUUCCGGGUCAUGGGCUUCUCCGUGACAGGUCGGGUUCUGAAUAGUGUUGACGGGGAGGGCGUCCCUGAUGCAUCAGUAUCACUCAACAACCAGAUCAAAGUUGUCAGCAAGGAGGAUGGUUCUUACCGUCUGGAGAACAUGACAGCUGGUACCUACACCAUCCGUGUCAACAAGGAGCUCAUGUUCUUUGAGCCAGUUACAGUGAAAAUUGCCCCCAACACGCCUCAACUUCCUGACAUCAUCACAGCAGGGUUCAGUGUGUGUGGCCAGAUCUCCAUCAGUCGCCUCCCUGAGGGCAUGAAGCAUCAGGGUCGCUACAAGGUCACUCUGACACACCAAGACAAGACGUCUAGCCGGACUGUGGACUCUGACCCUCAGGGUGCCUUCUGCUUCCAGGCCAAACCUGGAGACUACAGCGUCCAUGUGACUCUCCCUGAGGCAGAAGUGAAAGCAGGCCUGGCUCUGCAGCCUCGAGCCCUGGAGGUAUCCCUUGUGGACCAGCCCCUCACAGACCUGCUCUUCACUCAGUUCAUGGCUUCUGUCUCUGGAAAAGUCUACUGUCUAGCAUCCUGCGAUGACCUCUCCGUAACCCUGCAGCCAGUAAGUCGUCAGGGAGAGCGGAGGUCAGUGCCUUUGUCUGGCAGCAGCGACAUCCUUACCUUCUCCUUCGACAGAGUUUUACCUGGGAAAUAUAAAGUGAGUAUUUCCCAUGAGGAGUGGUGCUGGAAGCACAAGUCAGUCGAAGUGGAGGUUCUAAACUCCGACGUCCUGGGGGUGGAGUUCAGACAGAUUGGCUACAUCUUGCGCUGCUCUCUCUCCCAUGCCAUUACCUUGGAGUUUUUCCAGGAUGGCAGCAAACCUGAGAACGUUGGCGUGUACAACCUCUCCAAGGGAGUCAACCGUUUCUGCCUCUCCAAGCCCGGUGUUUACAAAGUCACCCCACGCUCCUGCCACCAGUUUGAACAGGACUUCUACACCUACGAUACAUCGGCUCCCAGUAUCUUGACGCUCACUGCAGUGCGCCAUCAAGUAACUGGAGUCAUCACUACUGACAAGAUCCUGGAUGUCACAGUUACUAUUAAAUCGUCCAUCGAGAGCGAGCCGGCGCUGGUCCUGGGCCCCCUGCGAAGCCUGGAGGAGCAGAGGCAGGAGCAGCAGUUGCAGGAAAUCCAGCUGCGCCGCCAGGAGCGAGAGCGACGUGCUGCAGAAGAGGAGGGCGGUGCGAGGGAUGAGAAUCCUCCAGUCCAGGAGAAAGCUGACGAACUGACAGGGCCCUUUCAUUAUGAGUUCUCCUACUGGGCCAGGGCUGGAGAGAAGAUCACAGUCACUCCGUCCUCCAAGGAGCUACUUUUUUACCCUCCUGAGGUAGAGGCCACUAUUACUGGGGAGUCGUGUCCAGGGCAGCUGGUGGACAUCACAGGCCGGGCAGGCCUGUUCCUGGAGGGCAAGGUGUCACCAGAGCUAGAGGGUGUAGAGAUUUCCAUCUCUGAAAGAGGAACAGCUGAACCACUCAUUACUGUGGCCACUGAUGAAAUGGGAGGAUACAGUGUGGGUCCGCUCCAUAGCGAUCGGCGGUACGACAUCAGCGCCAGUAAGGAGGGAUUCAUCCUGAGUCCCGUGGAGGGAACCCAGGGAGAUUUCAAGGCAUUCGCUCUGGCUGGUGUCACCUUCAAGAUCAAAUCGGAGGAUGGCCAGCCCCUGUCAGGCGUCCUUCUGUCCCUCAGUGGAGGACAGUUUCGGUCUAACUUACUGACGCAGGACACCGGCCUGCUCACCUUCAAUAACCUGAGUCCCGGACAGUACUACUUUAAGCCCAUGAUGAAAGAAUUCCGCUUUGAGCCGGCAUCUCAGAUGAUCACUGUGGAAGAGGGCCAGAACCUCAGCAUUGAUAUCACUGGCAUCAAGACCGCAUACAGCUGCUACGGAGCUGUGCAGUCGCUCAGUGGGGACCCAGAGAGAGAUGUGGCUGUGGAGGCCGUGGGGCAGGGAGAGUGUAGCCUCUACAGCGAGGACACCGUCACUGAUGAGGAAGGCCACUUCAGACUCAGGGGUCUGCUGCCUGGGUGCAAAUAUCUGAUUCAGCUACGAACCGAAGGCAACGACCACAUAGAGAGAGCCCUGCCACAGCACAGGGCUGUAGAGGUUGACAGCAGCGACAUUGAAGGGGUCAACAUCAUCGCCUUCAGGCAGAUCAAUCAGUUUGACCUCAGUGGAAAUGUCAUCACGUCUCCUGAACAUCUCCCCACACUCUCUGUGAAACUGUACAAGAGCGACAAUCUGGACAAUCCAAUCAACACCGUCUCUCUAGGACAGUCCCUCUUUUUCCACUUCCCUCCGCUGGACAGAGAUGGAGAGAGCUAUGUCCUGAUGCUGUACUCCACACUGUCCCGCUCCCAGUAUGACUUCACUCUGCCCCAGGUCUCCUUCACCUCCACCGGAUACCACAAGCACGUCACACUCACCUUUAAUCCCACUCGUAAAGUGCCUGACCAGGAUGUUGCCCAAGGCUCUUACAUAGCUCUGCCCCUCACAUUGCUGCUCUUGUUAGCAGCAUACAACCAUGAGAAGGUGAUUCCCCUUCUGCUACAGCUCGCAAACCGUAUCCAGGGGGUCAGAAGCAUGGCCCAAACCAGUGCAGAGAGUGUGGCUGUGGAUGAAGCCAAACGUCAAGCCAAGAGGCAGAAGGCCAGACGUACAUGAUAACACAACCACAGUUCCCCUGCUUGUGCACACAAUAGCACACAAACACCUGCACCCCGUGCCCCAGGUUCAACAUCUAACAUGGCCACGGCUAGUGCUGGGUGAUAGUGAACUAUUUAACUUUCAGGAAGCCCAAGCAAACCACUUGACAAUGUUACCUCCACCUCAUUGGCUAUUCAGAUAUUCUGGACUGGUUACUGCCAUUUAACAGGUUGUUGCAUCUUUUUGUUACGACUUUAGUUUUCAAAAACACUCAUUGUUGAAACGUUUGCGAAAGAAUGAGCCAUUUUAUACCUUUGUAAUUUAUCUAAGUCAACUCUUUUGCUUGUAUUCAGAAAGCACUUGAAUGCUUUUGAUAUGAGUCCUAACAUUUAUUUUACCACUAUCAGGCACCAUGUGGAACCAUGUCUCGUUAAUUCAGACAAGACAGAAUUGCAUCUAAUCCGAGCUACCACAAUGACCUUAAGUAUAAUGUUUUAUGGUCUGGAGCUUAAAUAUGCAUCAGAAAGAUUUUAACAGGGUUAAGAUGAACUUUCUACAAAAAUAUCUUAAUGGUAUUUACACUAAAAGGUUUGAGAAAAACUAUGUUUUCAUUAUCAGUUACAUUUGUGUACAGACUUCCCACAUUGGAAAUUGGUCUAAUGCGUAAAAAGCAAAUCUUUUUGACCCUUAUUUGACUCCAUAUUUUUCAAAAUAAACUGAAUUGCCUUCUGACUGAAAGGCAAUCAAAAAUGUGGACAAGAUAAUGACAUGUCUGGAGCAACUGUAACGUACAGUAGCCCACUGACUAACUCUGUUAACUCAGGAAAGUGUUGGUGUGCUGGAUCUGUGAGCUGAAUACUGCUUGAACUUUUUUUUUGUUUAUUUUUUGAGGCGAGUGGAUCGUGGUGUGGGAGUAGUACUAUGGAAUAACAGAUAGUUGAUUAAUUUAUUAACGAGUAAUCAUUUGGGCCGAUAACUUAGUUUAAAUGCUGGGGAAUGUCUUUCAGCUGUGAUUUUGAGAAGGUAAUAAUUAAAUUUAAGAAUCCUCACAUCUGCAGAUGAAACGAAUAGGAACAUCUACAAAGGCUCAGCCAUGACCUUGAGUUUAACUUAGAAAUGUAAGGCAAAAUUGUCAUUUCAUAAGCUCAUUGUGUUGCUGCUGAGCUGUGUAAUGCACUGUGGAAACUACAGACCCCAAUUAUUUUUUGUAUUCAACACAUCUGCUUUGUCUGACGUUCACUGAAGGAUAAAAGGCCACUGACUAUUUACUGAGCUGAAAGACAUUCCAAUUAGUCCACAUUUAGGCAGAGUUGAUUAGUUGGGUUGGGGUGAGGGAGGGGGGUGAAAUUGUCAUUUGGCCAGAAUCUGUUAAUUUUUUGAGAUGAUGAAUAAAGUUUGAUGGAAAGAUA